CGGAGAUGGUGUCUGUGGAGAGUGUAAUAUUUUGACAUACAUUUUUAUAAAACCUCCUGGCUUCAGGUCGAGCGUAGUAAAGAAGCCUCCUGACUGAUACCUACUGGCCUUCCCUCAGCCGAUGUAUCUGUGCUCUUCCACGUUGCAUACCCGUUGGAAGAGGUAGCAUGGGCAGAGUUGGGAUUUUCAGGUCCAUCACCAAACAUGGCCAGUAAAACCAUCAAUGAUCAACCUGCCUAAGACAUAGGCAGACUUUUUACAACGUUAGGUGUUCCAUUCGCAAUGGGUGAGAUAAAAGUCUCCCCUGAUUAUAAUUGGUUCCGGAGUACAGUUCCACUGAAAAAGAUAAUAGUGGAUGAUGAUGACAGUAAAGUGUGGUCUCUUUAUGAUGCUGGGCCCAGAAAUAUAAGAUGCCCAAUUAUAUUUCUUCCCCCGGUCAGUGGAACUGCAGAUGUGUUUUUCCAGCAGAUUUUAGCCCUAACUGGAUGGGGUUACAGAGUUAUUUCUUUACAGUAUCCUGUUUAUUGGGACCUCCUUGAAUUUUGUGAUGGAUUCAGGAAACUUUUAGAUCAUCUGCAGCUGGAUAAGGUUCACAUUUUUGGUGCUUCCUUGGGAGGAUUUUUGGCACAGAAGUUUGCAGAAUAUGCGCACAAAUCACCCAGAGUUCAUUCCCUUGUCUUGUGUAAUUCAUUCAGUGAUACAUCUAUCUUCAACCAGUCUUGGACUGCCAAUAGCUUUUGGCUGAUGCCUGGAUUUAUGCUGAAAAAGAUUGUUCUUGGAAACUUUACAUCUGGUCCCGUGGAUUCAAAAAUGGCAGAUGCAAUAGAUUUCAUGGUUGAUCGGUUGGAAAGUUUGGGACAGGGUGAGUUGGCCUCUCGUCUCACUCUUAAUUGUCAGAACUCCUAUGUAGAACCUCACAAGAUUAAAGAUGUUCCUGUAACAAUAAUGGAUGUCUUUGACCAUAGUGCACUUUCUCAAGAUGCCAAAGAAGAAAUGUAUAAACUAUAUCCAAAUGCAAGGCGGGCACAUCUUAAAACCGGUGGUAACUUUCCCUAUUUGUGUCGGAGUGCUGAAGUUAACCUUUAUGUACAGAUCCACUUGCGGCAGUUCCAUGGUACACGUUAUGCUGCAAUCGACCCGGCCAUGGUGAGUGCUGAGGAACUUGAAGUGCACAGAGCCAGAGUUGACAAUGUGAAUGAAGAGCAGUUGUAACCGUUGCCCUCGAAGAAAAGUAAUUUUCCACAUGAAGGCACUGCGCUGAGAACUCUUGAUUUUUUUUUUGAAGAAGUGUCAGUGGUGCCUUUUUUUUAAAGGAAGGUGUUUCUUUAUAGUACAGAUGUUGAGAUGUCAGUUUAUAUUUGUUUAUUACUAAUGAAUUCAAUCCCCAGAAGGUAUGUGCUUAACAGCCGUGGUUUGUGGGCAAUGUUGGACAAUCUUCAACCUAGUUAAUGAUGUACACUCCAAGCCAUGCAUAAAUAACCAACUGAGAAUGCAAGUAUUCCUUGAUUUAGCUCUUGCAUCAAUUCUAUUUAGGUCAACCCAAUUUUACUUCAACUCAUUCUUUGAUAUGACAUUGGACCAGUUAAAUGCCUCAUCUCCAUCUUGUCUGUGGUCCAGAUACAUUCUAGUUCUUGAUACUGGGCUUGUAUUUUACUAAGGUAUGUGAAAUUGUUAUAUAGGGCUGUUUCUUUUUGUACUUGAUAUGAUAUCUUUAAUUGAAAAUAUUUUAAAUCAUUUAUUUAAAAUUUUGCCACUAUUUUGAAGUUAUUACAAAACUAUUAAAUGUGCACAUUACUUUGUAUAGUUAUUAACUUUUGAUUUGCUACUGGUUCUGUUUACAGUUCCAAAUAUAAAGCCAGGAUUUGAAAGCUUAAGUGUGUAACUUUGGUUAUUUAUAAGCUAAUAGUUUAGCUGUAAACAAUUUUGUGUUACCCAUAACUAAACUUGUUUGGCUUUAAUUAUUUUUAUUGGAAGAAAAGAGUUCCUUAGAGGAAGGAUACACUUUUCCAUAAUAUAUUGUGAUGUCAUAAUGCCACUGGUGUGUUUGCUGCAUUCUGUAAGCUAACUGCAAACAGUAAUGGAUAAAGUCCAAAGCUACUUUUAAGAUGGUCAUUCAUUGCUGAGCCCUCUCACUGGCAACUUUGCAUUAAUGUGUUGUGAUAGUUGACAAAUUACAUUGUUUUGGUAAAUGUUCGUAGUCAAAUAUAAUUUGAUACCUGAUUCUCUCUCCAUUACUCCACUUCAGCCUGACUUGAGAAUAUUUUUUAAAUUUAAGUGACCUUCUUGAAGAAGCUGGACUGCUUUCCAUCCAUCAGUAAGUUCUCCAUCCCCAGCAUCCUCUUCCCUGCUUUGCAGGAUUUCGUGUUGAGUAAUGAACCAGGAUUUGUUAAUAAUCUGACUGUAAAGAUCCAGCUUCAAUAUAACUGUUUAGCUGAAUCCCUCGCACCAAUUUAGUAGAUAUUUACUGCAUCCUUUCUCAGUCUUUCACGUCUUUCCUAAAGUGUGUAGCUAGAAUUCUUUGCAAUAACAUAAUGGUCUAAUGUAUAUUUUCUUGAGACCAUUGUGCAGCACAGGAACAGGCCCUUUGGCCCACAAUGUCUGUGCUGACUGUGAUACCAAAAUAAACUAAACCGAUCUGCCUGCUCAUGGUCCAUAUUUCUCCAGCCCCUGCAUGUUCAUGUGCCUGUCUAAAUGCCUCUUAAAUGCCACUAUUGUGUCUGCAUCUACCACCACCCCUGGCAGAGCGUUCCAGGCACCAAGAUUUGUUCUUUUUACAUCAUGGGCAUCAAGUUUGCUAAUGGGGAGCAAUGAAUCAGUUGUCUCGCUGCGCCCCCUAUGAAUGCCCUGUUAAACAAACUUGGGUCUUGCUAGUUCUUGGGUGGCAGAUGCAGUGGAAGUACCAAGUGUUGCCAGGGAAAUCAGCUGAUCCAGACAUCAGACUUGAAUUUAUGACCCAACAAAAAACUGCCACAUGAGCAGAGACUGAUAAAAAGUUUUCUUUUCUUACUAGCUUUUCAAGCGAUUUCUGAAAAUUGCUGUAGUCAGCAUCGCUUCCAUUCCCUUUACCAACCUUAUCUAUUACCUCUUUAAAAGUUCAAUCAAAAGUUGAAACCUGAUUUACCUCUAUCUCAUUCAUGACGGCCUUCCUUUAUUAAUUCACAAUUCUUAAAGUGCCAAAUACAUUUUCCCCAAUUGUUUCAGAUGUAGCAUUAGCUAAAAUACUCUCUGAGCCGUUGUAGAAGUUGGCUUAUUACCCUUGGGAUUGUCGUAGGAUCCUGCUCAUUUUCCAUGGGGCUAUCUUAUCAUUAGGUUAUUGUUCUCAAAACUUGUGCAUUGAUUUUACUUGGCCAUUGACAAACCAAAUCCAUUGUCCUCAAGGCCUUCGUAGCAAUAGUUAUGUUCUCAGGAGCAGCAUUGAAAUUCCUUCUUGUCCUUUGAUCCAUCAAAGGUGCAUUGUCAUUAUCCUCAGGAAACUAUCACUGUCCUUAGACCAUCAGCUGGAGAUUGAAAUUUGAGUUGGACUCAGACAUCACCCAAUGUGGCCAAGCUCAGGGCAUUGCCCAAAGUGAAUCUUUGAGAGCCUUUGUCCAAGAUGGAAGGUACCAUUGUAAAUUCUGCCAUUUUAUGAAGAAUGUACCAGAGAACAAUUUGUUGCUAAUUUGUCGUCAGGAGUUUGCUAUGAAUUUAAAUUUAGUUCACUAUGGGUUAAUUUUCAACAGGCUUUAGUUUUUGAUAAAUCAGGUGAUUUUUUUUUUAAACCUCUCUCUAUCUCAGUCACAGCUUUGUUGACAUUCUAGCUACCAAGGUAACCAAAAUGGGAUAGUUUAAAUGAUAGCUUAGUAAACUGAACUUUGAAGCCGAAGCAAGUGUUAAUACUCUGGAAUGCUUGUUCUAUGAGAAAGUAGCCUGGCGUUGUGAUACAUAGGUUAUUAACUUAGACUUGUAGGCUUUGUUGUAAAUUAUGACUGUGUAAUUUUAUGAAAUGACUGAGAAAUGACAUUUACUACUAUGCUGCAUAGAUUAAUUCCAAGAAAAUAAUAUUGAAGUGUUUGUAUUUCAGAUUGAAAAUACUUUUCAUUCUAAUGUACAAGGGAUUCUUGCAGGAAAUUCAUUUUAUAUCUUCUGCUGGUUUCCUGAGGAAACUCUUUAAUUUGUACAUUUAGUGUCAGAACUGCUUUUGGCAAUUCACAGCUUAUUGUACACCAGGAAUAUGUGCAAUAAAAUUAGAAACCUCUACUUUGUUUUUAUUCUGUAAAUGCUGGACAGAAGGAGCAGCGACGAUGCUCUCUUAGUAUAAAUCAAAUAGUAUUCUAAAUAAAAUACAGUAUUUGUUUUGGCUUUCCAAA